UCCUCGCAUGCAAAUGCAGUUUGACAUCAAACACACCUGGGACAGCGAUCCUGUGAAUCAUGACCCUAUCAGGAUCACCUUCUCUCCUGGGCAAGGAGGCCUGAGGAUGGAGGCGUCUGGUCCAUUCUUCAAUGAUCCCGCUGCUCCUGCAGGGCCCCCGGGCCAUGCCUUCCCUGAACUCUGGAAUUAUGAAGUUGUAGAGUCCUUCUUCCUUGAUAGUACUACAGAAAAUUACCUGGAGGUGGAGCUUUGCCCACAUGGACAACAUCUAAUAUUACUGUUGUCAGGAGUCGGCCAAGCAUUCCUGCAACAGCUGCCCAUGGUAUUUAAUACCAAGAUCACAGGAGAUAGGUGGACAGGUGAGGCACUCAUCCCCUGGACAUACUUCCCUCCCAAUGUCAACAAGAUGAACUCCUACGCUAUCCACGGCUCAGGAGAGAAUCGUAUAUAUGAGGCUCUUUAUCCCAUCCCCAAGGAGGAGCUAGAGGAGGGCCAAAAGCCUAACUUCCACCGGCUGGAGUAUUUCAAAGAUUUUCGCCUGCAGAACAUCAUGGGAGAGGGCUGGGUCCAGCCAGAAUCUGAUCUGUGGAUUGGAAAGCCUUAAGCUUCUCAAAAACACUCCUCCUCUUCCUCUGUUUCUCUGUUGCAGACACAGAUGCACAAAACUCACCAAAACAGCAGCAGGGCAAUAGCACAAACACUCUCUGACAGGGAACAAAGGGCAAUCAAUCUUUAUUAGUUAAUGAUGUCAAACGAUAUGACAUGAAAUAUGUUAUCAGCUUGUCAGAGUGUGUUAGCCUUCACACACAUCUGUGCAAGCGCACAAACCCACGCAUUUCAAGAUAUUGGACGUCACCGCAAAUUGCCUUAGCAGAGCGUGACCUACAGCACUUGUACAGUGCUUGGUGGCAAGGGAAGCACAUUUUGACAUAUAUCUUCUCUAGUAGCAUAAAUGUUGCACUUCAGUGAGAUAAUGCCUUGUAGUUCCUUGUGAUUCUUAGCCCUAAAUGUUGAUACACUGAUCUGGGAAAAAAAGAAAUUGUUCAAAUAUACAUGCUUUUGUGUUUGUGCUUAUUAUAAUUAGGUCUUGCAGUCAUUCCACUACUUUAAUCAAUGUCUUU